AAAAGAUUUAGCGUUCCCUCAUCGGCCACUCAGAUGAUGUGAUUUAGCUUGGAUCACUUAUAACGCUAGCGUAGAAAAGGUUUUCUAAACUCGGAUAUCUCAUUUUCUCCCGUUGCUGUUUUUUUUUUAUCCUCCCGCCCUUGGUUUUGUUUUUUUUUUGGGUAGUCAACAUGACUGGGUAUCUUGAGGCCCAGGGAGGCACGGAUAAAUUGGGGGGGAAACAGGUCGUGCACGACGUUGAAGAUCCACAUCCAGCGUCGGUGCCCACAUUCAGGGCUGCCAGCCCCGAUGAUGGUCAGAUCGUGACCCAACUGGAGCGACAAAGCUUGAUUCGAGGAUUGUCGCAACGUCAUGUGCAAAUGAUUGCCAUCGCCGGUGCUAUUGGAACGGGACUAUUUCUCGGGCUCGGCGGUUCGAUCGCUACGGGUGGUCCUCUAGGUGCUCUUCUAGGCUACCUGUUUGUCGGCACGAUCGUCUGUUCCAUUCAAUUUGCUCUCGGAGAGGUGUCUGCUCUGCUACCCGUGACUGGUUCAUUCGUUCGUCAUGCUGAAGUUCUAAUCGACCCGGCUCUGUCCUUUGCGAUCGGAUGGAAUAUUGUCUACGGAUGUUUCCUGAGUGUUCCCAGUGAAAUCUCCGCUGCAGUCGUACUGAUCCAGUAUUGGACCGACAUCAAUGCGGCGGUGUGGGUAACUAUCCUUAUUGUCGUUUCCGUGGUCGUCGCCAUCUCCUUCAUCGGCGUUUAUGGCGAGGUGGAAUUUAUCUUUGCCAUUUUGAAGAUCCUUCUAGUCAUUUUCGUGGUGAUCCUGGGUCUAGUCAUCGAUCUAGGUGGUAUCCCAGGCAAGCCGCGAUUGGGAUUCCACUACUGGAAAGAUCCAGGCCCAUUCGUUGAAUACAUUGCAACCGGAAACCUGGGACGCUUCCUCGGAUUUUGGGCCGUCAUGACGAACGCAGUCUACUCCUUCGCUGGUGUGGAAUCUCUAGCCAUGGCCGCUGCAGAAACCAAGAACCCUCGCCACAACAUUCCCAAGGCUUGUAAGCGAGUCUUCGCGCGUGUCACCAUCUUCUACCUAGCAGCAGUCUUGGUUGUCGGUAUGCUAGUCUCGAGCUCCGAUGAACGACUCGGUGAUGAGUCUGGCACCGCGGCUCAGAGUCCUUUCGUGAUCGCUGCUGGUGAUGCCGGCAUCAAAGCCAUUCCUUCCAUCGUCAAUGCCGUGUGUCUGACAUCCGCCUGGUCUGCCUCCAACCAAAGCAUUCUGGCUGGAACCAGAACGCUCUAUGGUCUCGCGAUCAAAGGCCACGCCCCCAAAAUCUUCCUCCGAACUACCACGUGGGGAGUGCCCUAUAUGUGUGUGCUACUUCAAGUUGCCUUUUCUUUCCUGGCCUAUAUGUGCGUUUCGAACAGUGCUUUGACCGUCUUCUGGUGGUUCGUUGAUCUUACUGCUGCGGGAACCCUGGUCUCUUGGAUCUGUAUUUCCCUGAACCAUAUUCGCUUGAUGCAAGCGUUGAACAAGCAGGGCAUUUCGCCGAAUGCUUUGCCGUGGCACAAUCGGAUCACAAGAUACUCGAGCUGGUACGCUUUGGUCUCAUGCGUCAUCAUCCUUCUUACGGGCGGAUUUGCCGUAUUCACCAAAGGCAACUGGGAUCCAGCCUCUUUUGUUUCGAGCUAUCUUGAUAUCCCGCUCGUUCUUCUUGCGUAUGGAGGCUACAAAUUGAUUCGCCGGACCAAGAUCAUCCCUCUAGACCAGGUCCCUCUGCGCCAGGCUCUUGAUGAGGCCGAGAACGAUCCUGAGAACGUACCUCUCAAGAAGGAUAGCUUUUUAUCGAAGCUCAACAUCUUGUGGGGGUGAGACCUUACUGGGGCACGAACGAGUGCUCUAUAAUAUAGUUUGUAGCAUGCUUGACCACCGCAUAGGGUGGAUAAUGACAAUUACUUUGUUACUUUUCUUAGUCAACGGAUUUGAGUGCUGACACGAUGGUCUUCAUGUCAUCAACCAACCUUCACCCUUGAGUCCGAGUGUUUACUUCCGACUCCGGCUGUUCGAGUCUGCGAGAGUGGGCAAUAAAUUUAGUUCAACAAUCGGGAAUCCAAUUUUGAUAGGC